AGUACUUUGUUGAAAAAUUGCAUGUUAACGAUACGUGUCGGACACACUUUUCUCAGUUGUUUGUGCCGGUGUAUCAUAGGUUCUACCCAUAUCUUAUAGAUGGGCAGAAGGAGAAAUUAUGCCUAGUUCUAUUACAUUUGAACAAGUAAUAUAUUGCAGCUGAAACCUAGUUCUAAGGAUAAGAAUUUAUUGAACUUCUCUGCUAUAUCUUUUGCUUCUAGUUUGGCCUUGCUCCAAAGUAUUUUUGUUCAAAGCCAGUAACUAGUAGAUGCCAUUCUCGUGACAGGCUGUUAUGUUGACCAAAUUUGACUACAGACUUGCAAAUAAGCUGGAGACCGAUUUGCAAAAGCUUAGGUGCAGAGUCAACUACCAUGCACUGAAGUUCACUGACCCUAUCCUUGAAAUGGGUGCGAAGUUAGUUCAGCGAAUGAGGAUGAAUACUAAGCAUUAUAUUGCUCUUCAUCUGAGGUUUGAACCUGAUAUGCUUGCAUUCUCAGGAUGCUAUUAUGGAGGAGGAGACAAGGAAAAGAUAGAACUUGGUAAAAUUCGGAGGAGGUGGAAAACAUUACAUAUCAGUAAUCCAGAUAAGGGGAGGAGGCAAGGAAGAUGCCCUCUUACUCCUGAGGAAGUAGGCCUGAUGCUGAGAGCACUUGGUUAUGGUAGAGAUACUCAUAUUUAUGUGGCAUCUGGAGAAGUCUAUGGAGGGGAAGAGACGUUAGCCCCAUUAAAGGCACAUUUCCCCAACUUCUAUUCAAAAGAAACUAUAUCCAGAAAGCAAGAGUUGGAACCUUUUUCUGCCUUUUCUUCCCGUAUGGCUGCCCUAGAUUUUAUAGUGUGUGAUGAAAGUGAUGUAUUUGUUACCAAUAACAAUGGUAAUAUGGCAAAAAUAUUAGCAGGACGCAGGAGAUACUUUGGACACAAACCUACCAUCCGCCCUAAUGCCAAGAACCUGUACAGGCUGUUCUUAAACAGAAAUAACACGACUUGGGGAGAGUUUGCCUCUAAAGUUCGUACGUUUCAAAAAGGUUUCAUGGGAAAGCCAAGAGAGGUAAGACCAGGCAGGGGUGAGUUUCAUGAAAACCCAUCUUCCUGCAUUUGUGAAGAUUCUAACGCCAUAGCAAAGAUGGAUAUGGGUCUGCUAAAGCGCGGAAAGGGAUAUAUCACCACUAAGAAUGACACAGAUACAACGUCUGAAAGUCAAAAUAUGGGUGAUGACCCGGACUGGUCUGAUCCUGAAGACGAUGAAGAUCUAAGUAAUGAGCAAGGAAAAGUUUUGUAUAAUCAAACAAGUUUGGACUAUGAUGCUUUGAUGUCUGAAGAACCUGAGUUGGACGAGUUGCUUUCAGAUUGAAUGAAGAUUCUUGGCAUGUACAGAGAUUUUAUUCUUGCUGAAUUUUGGCUUAUGCUUGUAAGUAAGUCAAAACUUCUAAGUUAUUUUGCCAAACAUGGUUUUCAAAGUUACUUUUAAACCUUUCCAGAAAAGUAACUUUGAAUCAGGCCAAACAUGCAAUAUCUGCCGGAAUUUGCUUUUUUCUUCUCAGAGUUUCGGUAUCAGGAGCUCCCGAAGACUGAACUCUGGCUCGAGUCGAAAGGCAAUCUUUGAUGAACAUGAAGAUGGAUUUUGUAACUGAGGUUGUUACUAAUAGAACAUAGCAAAAAUGUAUUGGAAACUCGUGCAGCCAGUUUGAUUACUUAGUAGUGAGACUUGGACACUUCUUGUUUUGAGAUGGUUUUGUAUAGUUCUCUGUUUUAAGGGUUUAUUGACAGAAGGUUUGUUUCCUGUCAGAGGGCAGAGAACCCUUGAAUUUAUAUGUAGAAUUAAAUAUAGGUUUUUUGGAGGACUGUGUAAAUUAUUUUAUUUAUAACUCAAGAAUUGAAAUGCUUUUCCAUUAUUA